AUGUCGAAAGCCUUCACCUCAAAGACCAAGGCUCACUUGGAGUCCUACUCCGUUGUCAAGAAGUUGCAAAGCUACCUCUUGAGCUUUCAGCUUGUUCAGGCUGUCACCACCUACGUGAUUGCCUUGAGCAACUACUUCAAUGACCAGGUCAUCUCCCGUUUCCCCUUUGUUGUGCGUCAAUUGAGCUUCGCUGACGAGACCCUUGAUGGUGUCGUUUUGGGCAACUUUGAUAAGGCAUUGGCUGUGGCUUCUCAGAAGGCCAAGCAGGGCGAGGACUUGGCCAUCUCUUACAAGAAGAAGGGUGAGGACACUCUUUCCGCUUACAAGAAGAAGGGCGAGGACGCUGUUGGCGUGUACCUCAAGCCUGUCAAUGACUACGCUUCCUCUACUGUGGACAAGGUGUUGCCCAAGGUGAAGAACGCCGCUAAGAAGGCCGAGAAGAAGGAGAAGCAGGCUGAAAACGAAAUCUCCAAGUCCAUUGAGAUUGUCAACGAUACCUACUCUCGCUCCAAGGACUUGUUGUCCACCAAGUCCCAGGACAUCUCCAACACUGUGCUCAGCACCUACAACAAGGAGUUUGACUCGUCCAAGGAGAAGAACUACUACGUCAAGGUUGCCUCCGCUUCUGUCAACACUGGUGUCAAGUUGUUGAAGAGCGUGAACUCCGACUACAUCCAGCCAUUGAAGUCCACUACGCAGAGCUACGUGACCGAUGUUGCGCUGCAGACCCAAAAGAAGGCUGACGAUGUCGUGAGCAACGGUGUUGCCGAGGUCAAGAAGACGAUUAACGGUGCCGCCGAGCAGACUAACAUUGCUGUGCCCACCUCUGCCUAA